AUGUACGCGAUGCACGGCGUCAUCGAGCAUCCACAGUGGUUCUCGCCUUUGACCACGAGCUCGAGCCUCGAAGAUAUCCAGCGGCACCUGCACGGCACGGCUAGGCUAUCCGAGGUGUGCCUCGAGCCUUGUGCAGCGCAGGCGCAAGCACGGGUGCUUGCACCGGAGGAUUGCCACACAUCCGUCCAGGGCGAUUCGUGUUACGAGGAGGUGCUCUACGCGAUGCAGGGCGUCAUCGAGCAUCCAGAGUGGUUCUCCCCCUUGACCAGGAGUUCCAGUAUGGAGGACAUCCAGCGGCACCUGCACAGCGUGGCUUGGCUGUCCAAUGUGUGUCCCGAGCCUUGCGCAGCGCAGGCAAGCGUGGUCCCCGUGCCAGCACGCUUGUCUACACUGGAGCACUGUCAUACUUCCGUCGAGGGCGAGGACUGUUAUGAGGAGGUGAUGUAUGCGAUCCAGACGGGUGUAGUGAAGCGCCCAGACCGAUAUGGGAAUUUGACUCAAAAAUCUAGUUUUGAGGAUUUUCAGCGGCGAUUGCACAGCGUCGAUGCCCAGGUGUGCCCAGAGCCCUGUGCAGCGCAGGCACAGGAGGCCGCGGUGCCAGCGCCGGUACUGUCGGCAGCUCCGGAGGACUGCCGCACGACUGUCGACGGCGACGCGUGCUACGAGGAGGUGAUGUACGCGAUGCACGGCGUCAUCGAGCAUCCACAGUGGUUCUUGCCCUUGACCACGAGCUCGAGCCUCGAGGAUAUCCAGCGGCACCUGCACGGCACGGCUAGGCUAUCCGAGGUGUGCCUCGAGCCUUGUGCAGCGCAGGCGCAAGCACGGGUGCUUGCACCGGAGGAUUGCCACACAUCCGUCCAGGGCGAUUCGUGUUACGAGGAGGUGCUCUACGCGAUGCAGGGCGUCAUCGAGCAUCCAGAGUGGUUCUCCCCCUUGACCAGGAGUUCCAGUCUGGAGGACAUCCAGCGGCACCUGCACAGCGUAGCUUGGCUGUCCAAUGUGUGUCCCGAGCCUUGCGCGGCGCAGACACACGUGGUUCCCGUGCCAGCUCGCUUGCUGGCGCCUCAGGGCCUCGACGAGCCCUCGCUGCCAGAGUUGCCACCUCUGCCGAUGGCGGAGGCGGUGCCACUGCCGACCGCGACGGUCACGCCCCUGCCGAACACGAAGGCAGCGCCGCUGAGGUUGCAGAAGUCGGCGCCUCAGGGCCUCGACGCGGCCCCGCUGUCAGAGCUGGCGCCUCUGCCGCCGACGGCGGAGGCGGCGCCUUUGCCGGCCGCGGAGGCGGCACCCCUGCCGACGACGGCGCCUUCGCCCACAGCGAAGGCGGCGUCUCGGGACUCAGACGACUACACCCUGCAGGAGCUGCCAGAGCUGCCGCCGCUGCCCACGGCGGCGGCGCCUUUGCCGACCGCGACGGCGGCGCCCCUGCCAACUGCGAAGGCAGCGCCCUUGCCCGCAGCCAAGGCUGCAUCCCAAGACCCAGAAGACUACACGCUCCAGGAGCUGCCAGAGCUGCCGCCUCUGCCCACGGCGGAGGCGGCGCUGUUGCCGACCACGCAGGUGGCGCCACUGCCGACUGCGAAAGCAGCACUCUUGCCCGCAGCGAAGGGUGCGCCUCGGACCCCAGACGGCUACAUGCUGCCGGGGCUGCCGCCCCUGCCGGCGGCGGCGGCGGCAUUGCCGACCACGACGGCCGCACCCCUGCCGACGGAGGCGGCGCCUCUACCUGCCGCGGAGGCGGCGCCCUCGCCCACAGCGAAGGCGGCGCCCCUGCCAAUCGCCGAGGCCGGCCAGGCCGAGAAGCAGACCGCCGAGCAGGGCAAGGCCACGCAGGCCAGCAUGUCGUUGCAGGAUCUCGUGGCAGAGCUGGAGGCCAAGCAGCGCCAGCUCAGAGCGCUGGAUGAGAGGCAGAAGGGUUUGGCCGAGCUGGGGGCCAAGCAGCCCGAGCUGAAGGAGGUCACCGAGGCCCAGCAGUUCAACGAGCAGGCGGCGGCGUCUGAAGGUUUGGACUUCUCCUCGCUGCCAGGGCUGCCGCCUCUGUUCGCACUGCCAGAGCCGGGAGCGGCCCCAGAGCCGACGCUGACACGUGUGUACAACGCACCCGCUGCGCCAGCGGCGGCAUCGCCAGCGCUAGAGGACUGCCGAACUCCUAUCGAGGGCGACGAUUGCUACGAGGAGGUGCUGUAUGCGAAGCAGACGGGUGUGGUGAAUCACCCGCACUGGUAUGGGAAUUUGACCCCAGAUUCGAGCUUUGAUGACUUCCAGUGGCUUCUGCACAGCGUCUCCAGGGUGUGCCCUCGGCCCUGUGCAGCGCAAGUGCAGCAGCUACCAACGCAGGCACGACUGCCGGCCGCGCCCUCACCUCUAGCGGCGUCCACAAAGAGAGCGCCAGCAGCGCGGGCGGCGCCAGCAACGUCGACACGGCCGCACGCCGCACCCAGGGAAACAAACACUUUUUAUGUUUGUGUCAUCUGA